AUGCGAUUUUUAGCUUCUUUUCGUACCCAAAACUUGGCUUAUGACGGCGCCUCGAGUCUCUUUAUGGGGUCUUUUAAAAGUUAUGCGAGAAGUGCCACCACCUUUAGCGUUAACCCACCUUUUGGCAAUACCCACUCGCAAUUGGUGUUAUCACUCUCAGCGGCAUGUCUGGUGGAUAUCGGCAGCACAGCCACCAUCACGCUGUCGUACUACCUUGACGUGGUGGAACCCACCAUCCGUAGCCGGCUCCGAUCUCGUUGGGGCAGUCCCAGUUCAGGAGGGACUUCCCUUGGCGAGCCCUCAGGUUCCCCUCACACCCAUGACGAGACCUUGCGCCUGCCCAAGGUGUUCAUCCGCUGUGUUUUGUUAAGUCCCUCCGAUCCGAAACUCCAACACGCAGAUUGGGUCCCGGCUUGGCAGGAGUACUUGGCCUACCGGCGAACCUCUGACCAUGGGUCUGCGGCGACCUCUUCGUCCUCGGCAUUCGCGCGGGCCGUGUGGGGGGAGGUGUAUCCACUGCUCGGCGUCCCGCCCAAGAAGCCCAUUUGUCUGCGCCUCAGGGACUCACUCCGCCGUCGUUCUUCGCCCGUGUGGGGUGGCGACGGGGACCCAUCGGCUUGCCCGAGCGCCCCGCCCGAUGGAUGGGCGGAGUGCUUUCGCGUGGAUGGCUUCAUCCCGAUAAACAUACAGAUUCAGCACGCGGUGCGGCACUUUCUACGGUACCGCCGGCCCAAGGUGAAUACCCCAUACGGGGGCAUCGCACCGAACUUGCCCGUGUCGCAUCCGCUGGAUUUAUCGACCAGGACGGAACCUUUACAGUCUAUUCACCUCAUCGCGGUGGUAUGUUUGGAUCAUUUGUCGGAGGACUUCAUGGACUUCUUCACGAAACUAAGCGCGAUCACACAAGGUGGGGGAGGGGCGAACCUAGAUAUUUGGGCAUUUCACACAGCGCAAACACACGACAGACCCACGUCAAGGGUGAGUCCAGCGCCGAAUCCAAUCGGUCGACACUUCGAAGAGAACCCAGAGACAAUGCCCAACUACGAAGAAGGAGGUGAAAAGGUGGAGUGCCUUGUAUUCAACAGUCGAGAAUUGGUUGGUUCUGUUUACGUUUAA